UGUCAACUGUCUUCUGUCCCUCUGUCCGAAGUUCAGUGAUAUUUUGAAAAGGAUUUUGUUAUUUCUACAACAAAAACACACUUUCCCUUUCUCUAUGUUGUACAUUAUUCAACUGAAAACAAUAACAUGUAGCUGGAAAAUGUGCCGAUCACAUUUAGCAUUGCUAAAGUUUUGAAGUUCGAGGUUAUCGAGACUUCUCUUUGUUGAUUUCAAAUAUUCAAACGAAAAAUUUCAUGUCAAAUAUUUCCUGAAGAGAGUGAAUUGACUUUCCUGUUUCAUUAUGUCAGCAAGUACUAACACGAUAACAGGAAAAACUCAAAAAACCAAAAGAAAUGUUCUGAAUCGUCCUGCAAGCAGCAGUAUACUAGAAGGAGAUUUUUUCCUUUCCUCACGAAUAGAUAUGGAAAACGAUGGAGUUACUCCUGCUUAUAAAUCCAAAUUGCUUGCCUUAUUCAAACAAAUAGAAAAGGAAUUUGACAUACUUUAUCAGGAAAAUCAAACCUUACAUGACAAAAUUGAUUUGUUGAAUGAGAAACUGGAAAAGGACUCUUAUGAUAAACCGGAUUGUAUAGACUUUGAAAACAACAUAUCGAAAGUAUUAAGUAAGAAAUUGAGUGCCGCAUCACAGAAAUCGAAAACUGCUCAUAAAUUGAAAGCUCAAACCAGUAAGAUAGUUUCUAGUUUCAAGACUCCUAGUUUGAAUUGUACAUUGGUGAAGGACUAUUGUGGACAUAAAGAUGGAGUAUGGGAAGUAUCAGUUGCCAGACCUGGAGUACCAGUUAUUGGAACGGCAUCUGCUGACCAUAGUGCACAUAUCUGGGGAAUAGAAUCAACGAGGUGCCUACUCCAAUAUCAGGGCCACACAGGCUCUGUUAAUUCGAUUAGGUUUCAUCCAUCCAAAGAUCUGGUUCUUACUGCUAGUGGCGACUGUUCGGCGCACAUUUGGCAGGCUGCUCUAAAUUGGGAUCUGCCAAAAGGCCAUUCUUCGGAAGAAGAACUAGAAGAUGAAAUGGAAGAUAAAAUAGACUCCAAAAUACCAGCACUUAGAACACCUGUAAGGGAAUUAUUUGGACAUACCGGUGCCAUUUCCGGCGCAGAAUGGAUAGCCGGAGCUGAACAAAUAAUUACUGCGUCUUGGGACCGUCUUGCCAUACUCCAUGAUAUUGAGACUGGUAGUGCUUUAGUGCAACUUGCUGGUCACGAUCAGGAGCUUACCUACACUGCUUCCCAUCCAUCCCAAAAAUUGGCAGUUACCUCAUCAAGGGACACCACUUUUCGAUUAUGGGAUUUCAGGGAAUCUGUUCACUCUGUAUCAGUAUUUCAAGGUCAUGCCGAGAGUGUCACUUCAGUAGUAUUCACAAAGGAGGAGAAAUUAGUGUCAAGCUCGGAUGACAGGAGCGUCAAAGUAUGGGAUUUGAAGAAUAUGAGAUCUCCUGUCGCUACUAUCAGGCUCGACUCUGCUGUAAAUAGGUUAAGCGUGUCAACAAAUGGAAUUAUAGCCAUACCUCAUGAUAAUAGAAACAUCCGCUUGUAUGAUUUGAAUGGCCAAAGGUUGGCCAGGCUUCCUAGAUCUAGUCGGCAGGGGCACAACAGAAUGGUGGCGUGCGCUGCUUGGGCUGACGAAGUAAUAAAUGGUAUCAAUUUAUUUACAUGCGGUUUUGACAGGAGGGUAUUGGGUUGGUCAAUUUUGUCUAUGAAAGAUCUGUAACCGCAUUUAUUAUGCAAGCUUUAAAAUGUUUUGUGAUAGGUAUUUAUUUUUGUUCAUAAUAAAUAUAAUAUUAUUGUUUUCCAA